AUGGCUUUGGAACCUAUUGAUUAUACCACUCACUCGAGAGAGAUUGACGCAGAAUACCUGAAGAUUGUUAGGGGCUCCGAUCCCGACACCACCUGGUUGAUUAUUUCGCCAAAUGCGAAGAAAGAAUACGAGCCUGAGUCUACUGGCUCCUCUUUCCACGAUUUUUUGCAGUCAUUUGAUGAAACCAAGGUUCAAUAUGGACUGGCACGUGUGUCUCCACCCGGGUCAGAUGUCGAAAAGAUUAUUAUCAUUGGUUGGUGUCCAGAUUCUGCACCAUUGAAGACGAGGGCGUCCUUCGCCGCCAAUUUUGCGACAGUGGCUAACAAUCUGUUCAAGGGCUAUCACGUUCAAGUUACUGCCAGAGAUGAGGACGAUCUUGACGAAAAUGAACUUUUGAUGAAAAUUAGUAAUGCUGCCGGUGCCCGUUAUUCCAUUCAAACUUCGUCCAAACAACAGGGAAAGGCUUCCACUUCUCCUGUGAAGAAAAACUUCACACCUUCCAAGGGCCCUGCUCCGUUUUCUGAAAAGAUACCGGUAAAGGCUCCUUCCGCCGUACCUGCUGCUAAGAUUUCCUCCCGUGUUAACGAUAAAAACGAUGAUGACGAUUGGAAUGAACCUGAGUUAAAAGAGCGCGACUUUGAUCAGGCCCCUCUCAAACCCAACCAAUCUUCUUACAAGCCAAUCGGCAAGAUCGAUUUGCAAAAAGUGAUUGCGGAAGAGAAGGCCAAAGAAGAUCCACGUCUUGUUCAAAGGCCAACAGUUGCUGGCUCCAAGAUCGACCCCAGUUCGGACAUUGCCCAUUUGAAAAACGAAUCAAAAUUACAAAGGGAGUCUGAAUUCAACUCCUUUUUAGGCACCACUAAACCUCCCUCCAUGAUGGAAUCUUCAUUAAAGAAUGAUGGUGAUAAAGUCAUCAAAGGUUUUAGAAACGAAAAAUCACCUGCCCAAUUGUGGGCUGAAAAGAAGGCGAAGCAAAAUAGUGGCAACGUGGAAACUAAAACUGAAACAUCUGAGCCUGAAGUUCCGGAGGACGAAUCAGACACAGAGCCUGAUGUCAAAGAUUUGAAGUCAAAGUUUGAAGAAUUGGCUGCUUCAGAAAAAGUGGAGGAAGAAAUUGAUAAUAAAUUUAUUGCCCCACCAAAGAAAGCAGAACCAACUAUCAUCUCACCAAAGCCCUUCUCUAAGCCACAAGAACCUGCCAAAGCUGAAGAAACCCAACAAUCCAAAACUGCUUACAAGAAAAUUGGUAACCCAUUGCCUGGCAUGCACAUUGAAGCGGAUAAUGACGAUGAACAAGAAGACGAUGAUGACUGGGACGAUGACGAAGACACAGCUCCUCAACCUCCUUUGCCUUCCAGAAACGUUGCUUCAGCAUCGCCAGAAAAAAAAGAAGAAAUUCAACUAGAAGUGGAGGCCCCAAGCGUGCCUUCUAGGAAUUCAAUAUCUUCAAAGGAAGAGGAAGCAGCAGAAGAGGAAGCAGCAAAAGAAGAAGCAACUGAAGAAGAGGAGCAAGCUACCCCUCAGCUGCCAUCAAGAAGUUCUGCAGCUCCUCCACCACCCCCAAGACGAGCAACUCCCGAAAAAAAGCCAAAGGAAAAUCCAUGGGCCACAGCAGAAUAUGAUUACGAUGCUGCGGAAGAUAAUGAACUGACUUUUGUAGAGAAUGACAAGAUCAUCAAUAUCGAAUUCGUCGACGAUGACUGGUGGUUAGGAGAACUAGAGAAGGAUGGCUCAAAAGGUUUAUUUCCCAGUAACUAUGUUUCUUUGGGCAACUAG